UGGGCCACCGCGGCGCAUUGCUGCUCGGCGGCGCCGGCGCCGGUCCGGGCGGCCAUGGGGCGGCGGGCGGCCGGGGCGCGGAGGGCCAGGUAGCGACGGCCAGCGGCGGGGCCCGCAGGGUCGGCCCGGCAUGUAGACGCCCCGCAAGCGCCCGCGGCAGCGAACGGCAUCAGUGUUUUUCUGACUGAAGUUCUCAUUUAUUGACUAUGGAAAUGGAACAAGAAAAAAUGCCCGUGAACAAGGAGCUGUGUCCAGAUUCGGCCACGUACUGCUGUUCUGCGUGCCAUGGGGAUGAGGCCUGGAGCUACGGCCACCCCAUCCGGGGCCGGGCCAAGUCCCGCAGUCUGUCUGCCUCGCCCGCACCGGGGAGCACCAAGGAGUUCAGGAGGACACGCUCUCUGCACGGGCCCUGCCCAGUGACCACCUUUGGACCAAAGGCCUGCGUGCUGCAGAACCCUCAGACCAUCAUGCACAUUCAGGACCCUGCAAGCCAGCGGCUGGCGUGGAGCAAGUCUCCAAAGAGCGUUCUGGUGGUCAAGAAGGUCCGUGAUGCCAGCCUGCUGCAGCCGUUCAAGGAGCUCUGCACAUACCUCAUGGAGGAGAGCAACAUGGUUGUGUAUGUGGAAAAGAAGGUGCUGGAAGACCCUGCCAUCGUGAGUGAUGAAAACUUUGGGGCAGUGAAGAAGAAAUUCUGCACUUUCCGAGAAGAUUAUGAUGACAUUUCCAAUCAGAUAGACCUCAUCAUCUGCCUGGGAGGGGACGGGACCCUGCUGUAUGCAUCCUCUCUGUUCCAGGGCAGUGUGCCUCCGGUCAUGGCCUUCCACCUCGGCUCCCUGGGCUUCCUGACACCAUUCAACUUUGAGGACUUUCAGUCUCAAGUUACCCAGGUGAUAGAGGGGAAUGCAGCUGUUGUCCUUCGGAGCCGGCUGAAGGUCAGGGUGGUGAAGGAGCCCAGGGCCAGGAAGGUGCCCAUCCACAACGGGCUCAGUGAGAACAGCACACCCACUGCGGGCCUGGACGCGGAGGCCGGGCAGCAGGCCAUGCAGUACCAGGUCCUGAACGAGGUGGUGAUUGACAGGGGCCCCUCCUCGUACCUGUCCAACGUGGACGUCUACCUGGACGGACACCUCAUCACCACAGUGCAGGGCGACGGAGUGAUCGUGUCCACCCCGACGGGCAGCACGGCGUAUGCAGCCGCAGCCGGGGCCUCUAUGAUCCACCCCAACGUGCCAGCUAUCAUGAUCACACCCAUCUGCCCCCACUCGCUAUCCUUCCGGCCCAUCGUGGUCCCCGCAGGGGUUGAGCUGAAGAUCAUGCUGUCACCAGAAGCACGGAACACAGCGUGGGUGUCCUUUGACGGCCGGAAGAGACAGGAGAUCAGCCAUGGAGACAGCAUCAGCAUCACUACCUCUUGCUACCCGCUGCCCUCCAUCUGCGUGCGAGACCCUGUGAGCGACUGGUUUGAGAGCCUGGCGCAGUGCCUGCACUGGAAUGUGCGCAAGAAGCAGGCCCACUUCCCCGAGGAGGAGGAGGGCGAGGUGGGUGUGUGAGCUGGGCACACUGGCCAGAGCCCAGAACCUCCCAGGUCUGCGUUCCCCUUCCUGCCUUCCCGUUCAUCCUCGGGGACAGACCAACCUGUGUGUGCGUGUGAACACGUCUGUCUGUCGCCAUUGGUCACCAGCCACCUCUGUCUGUCGUUGGGAAAAGCCUGCGUCUGCCUUUGUUGACCAGAUCAGCUGUUUUUCUUUUAAUGUUUUAAAUCUGACUUUUUUGCAUUUCCAAUGGAGCAAAGUGAGAACCCGGCUGAGGACUGUCUGCACAAGGCCCCCUGCUGGUCUUGGUGCUGGCUGCCUAUCCCCUACCUCCCACCCCCCGGGCUCUGUGAUUCCACAAGUCAGUCUACUGAAUCAGAAGGUCAGGAAGACUUGAUCUGUCCUUUGAUGUUGAAAAUAAAUGUCUCCGCCAAGAAUCUUCUUCAGCUGCAAUGCUUCUGCCCUUGGGCCUGCACUUCCUGAAGCUCUUCUGGGGAGGAGCUUAGGCAAGCCGCAGCCCAGAGGGGUCUGGGUGCCCACUGCAAGGCAGGCUGGCUUUGCCCUGGUUUCUGGAGAGGGCUGGGUGCGCCCCUGCCCCCGCCCUCCCUGCUCAGGUCAGCACCAAGUCUUGCCGGACUCCCCAGCACUGAGCCAGAGAGAGGCCUCUGGUCCCCUCCCAGAGCUGCUGUGUGGCCCAGCAUCCCCAGAGGGCUGUCAGGCAUCCUGGGCUGACACACAUUCCUCACACAGCUUCAGCUCCCAGGAAGAUGUUUUAAAUCCUACAUAUACUUUUCAGAGAUUCUUACAAACUUUCUGAAGUGCUUACGUACAUAUUUUCUUGUACACACUUUUGUGAAGACCCUGCUGAUGUUUACACUGUGUCCUGCGUGGCGCUGUCCAGCCUCGCACAGCCCUGAUGGUCCAGGAGAGAGCUGUUUGAGCCGGACAACUGCAAUGAGAAUUUUGAGACAAAACAGUGAGGUACUCCUGUGAGCCCCCUGCAGAGAACCAGGAGUUUCUUGAGAGCAUGGUGUGGUGCCUGGGGUGUGGUAUCCAUAUGGGAGCAGCACCCUGGGCACUAUCCAGCGGGAGUCCCAAACACAGGAGGCUGUUUUUGAGUAGCUGCUUUUAGAGGUUUGCUCAAGAAGUCACUCUUCUCAUCACUCAGUGGUUGAGAACAGGAGAAUGAAGACCCUUUCAUGAGGUGCAGCUCAGGCCCUCGGCAUCGAUGAAGUUGAGCAUCUGAAGACUCUGAGUGUGAUUCUGGGCAACACUGAAGUGGCAAAAGGGCCCCCCAGUGUCCUGAGUCUGCCCAUGACUCUUGAGUGCCAGCAGGACCUCCACCUGCCACCCACAGGCUGAGGGUAAGGGGCCCUAGUCUCAGCUUUAGGCCCAAAGACAGUGGUAUUUGCAAUUCUAGUCCCUUAUCUAAACAAAAAGCAAAUGUUAAAUUUUGUCCUAAAGCAGCAUGAGAUUGGAAUGAUCUAGACAAUUCUGGAUUUUUGAAGUGAAUCUUAAUGUUUCAUAUUGUUAAUAUCUUGAAAAUUUGUUAAAUGUUGAAAGCCUUACUACUAUUUUCAGAUCCUUUCAAUAAACAGACUUGUAAAAAAUGC